AUGUCGACCAUGAGCUCGCCGCGCACUGAGAUGUCUGUGCCAACGGCGUUGCCGGAGACGGACGAGUCGCGGCUCAUGUUCUACGCGGAGGUUCUCAUGGCCAACGUGCCAUCGCUUAUUGCGGACCUGAGCUCUGCCAAGUACGCCUUCCUGAGCUUCUCGGAGAAAACCCGAAACGAGGUGAAGCAGAAGUCCGCUCUGAUACAGGCCAUUGGCCGCACCUUCACCUCGCUGCAGAAUGCAAGCAAGUCCCUGAUAGAAGCCCGACAGAGCCUCCAGGAGUACGAGACGAAGCUGGUGCGGGCGGCGCCGCCAACGUUCGUGACAAGUGCCGAGGCGCUUCACCUGUCUAGCGCUAGGGCCAACGGUGACACCACCGGUGCUGAGCAAAACGGCAGCGCAUCUGCCGAAGUGACAGCGGCUGAGUUGCGGAGACUCUCCACUGCAUCCCCCGACAACAUGGUGAUCCUGAACGAGGAGGACAUUGGUCCAGUCCGGGAAGCCGAGGAGGCGUACGAGAAGGAGUCGACGGUGUACGCAGAGAUUGCGAAGGCGUGCAACCAGAUGGAGGACGCCUUCGACCAUGCCCACGAUCAGUGUCGCGUCAUGACGGAGCACGUGCAGGACCUUAAGUGGAAGUUCGACGAGGUCUACAACGGCUGGAAAGGUGCUGAGCGGGAACGGCGGGUGGUGCGCGCCAUGCGGGAUGAGCUGGCGGACCGGCGAGCGAUCAUGACAGAAGCCUUGCGCGGCAUCAAAGCUGUCGAGGACGAGUGCCGUGCGCAGGAAUUUAAGAUUAUUGAGCGCUCCAUCGCCCAGGCGCAGGCAGAGGUGGAUGCGAUCAAGGCGGAGCUGCAGACGAAGCGCAGUCGCUACGAACUCGAGUUGGCCACCUACCAAAUUGCAUACAAGGAGCAGCAGGCCGAGGUGGAGUCCUUGCGCGAACACUGCAAGCUGCUGCGCAGCCACCAACGCGACCUAGAGAUCCUCGCCAAGAAGCAGCAGCUUGAGGAGGUGGACCGGAACUGUUUGCGCAAGCUGAUGAUGGCGGCACUGACGUUAACGCCGUCCAAGUACGGCAGUGCCGAGGACCGCACGCUGACGUCGGAGCAGCAGACAGAGGUUAGAAACGAUCAUUUGCUGGUGUCGGCUCUGGCGGCCCGCAUCUCCAUUUUGGAGGAGCAGCGCAAGAUGGUGGGGGGGCUCCUGGUUAGCGCGCGUGGAAUGGGGAAGAGCGACGACGUCAGCGCCACGGUCGAGCAAAUCCGAAGCCUACUCGAGCCCGAGAUUCAGCUCGACGAGGAUGCCCUGAUGGGCGAGUAA